AGUAGAUCAGAACUUAUCAACAAGAAAGGCCGACAGACAUGAUGAAGUCUUCUUGAACAAGCCUCCAAAAAUGGCGCUUCUCUGACAUUUUUUUUUUUUUUUUAACCCUUUUAAAGUCUUCAGUUUUUAUAUAGUUUCCAACAUUUUAGCGGAGAAGCAUUACCACAAUGACCGUCACUUACAACCUCUGUGCCCUCCUAGUUUUCACCAUAACAGCAUGCAGCCGUUUUAAGCCUGCCCUCUGCUCUGCCCGCUGUGGGCAUUCCCUCCAAGUCUUAGACAGUAAAGUGGGAGAGAUCACGAGUUCUGCUUACCACAGCUGGUCCUACCGCUUUGGUUCUACCUAUGACUGCUGGAUCAUCGAGGGCUCGGAAGGAGAACCUAUCGUUCUCAGCUUUUCACAGUUUUCAGUACGGUGUAGGAAGGAAUGGGUGUCUAUAAAUUCAUCAGCUGGCGGCGAGCCGCUUGUCCUUUGUGGCUCCAAGUUGCCGCAACCAAUGGAGUUCCCAGGGGGAAAUAUUACAGUGAUGCACCACUUCCUUCCGCAUCUGUUCCCUGUGUCGUCUUUUCUGUUGAACUACGCCAGAGACUCUGGUGAAUGCCCAGUAACAUCCUUUGAGUGUCUGGGGGGUCGCUGCCUUCCUCUCUCUUGGCGCUGUAAUGGCCAGGUGGAGUGUCUUGGGGAAGGUGCUGGCCUCGGCACCGAUGAACAGGGCUGUGAUGCAGAAGUGGAGACCACAGAACACCCAAAGUACGGCAGCACACAGGCAGGGGAGGAGGCCAAAGCAGAGACGUACACAGAGAAGAACCCAUAUUGGGACCCAGAUAGACAUUAUGUUGCAGAUUCUGAGGCUGAUCUGUGGCCGCUGCUGAAGGACAGGGAUGAGGAGGAAGCCCAGGUGGAUCAAGAGCAGCCUCCGAUUCACAGGGAGCUCGUGGCAGACUUCAUGGUUUCUCCUCUCCAUGACGGGCCUCAACUGUUCUGUAUCUGGACUCUGGACCCUCAGGACUCGCGGCCACUGAGGCUAGACCUGCAGCAGCUGGUGCUGGGACCCGGGGAUAGACUCACUGUGUACAACAGAGAGCAAGGCAAAGGAGAAGUUAUUAAAAUUAUCACCAGCGUCUCCAAUUACAAAUCAGUCCAAGUUGAAUCCCAUACUGGCCUGCUGUCAAUGACAUACGAGACUCUUCCUGGUUCGGAGGGGAGCGGCUUUAACGCAACGUUCCAUGUCGGGACCUACUGCCCCCCUUGGGAGGGCCGGUGUGGAGGAGCUGCGGGAGGCUGCUUUACCCAGGAGCAACGCUGCGACGGGAAAUGGGAUUGUCCCGAAACGGGGAAGGACGAGGAGGGUUGCAGGGGCUGCAGUCCGAACCAGUUUGCCUGCGGAGUGGCAGGGCAGAAAGCGGUGGCAUCCAGUCACUUUGCUGGCAGACCGGUGUGCUACCCGGUGACAGAGAGAUGCAACUACCAGCUGUACUGUGCCGAUGGCAGCGACGAGAGGGACUGCACCGUGUGUCAGCCAGGCACCUUUCAUUGUGACAGCGACAGGUGUGUGUUUGAGAGCUGGCGCUGUGACGGCCAGGUGGACUGUAAGGACGGAACAGACGAGCUCAACUGCACGGUCACCCUGCCGCGCAAGGUCAUCACCGCGGCAACAGUGGGCAGCCUUGUCUGUGGGCUUCUGCUAGUUAUUGCCAUGGGCUGCACCUGUAAACUGUACUCGCUCAGGACCAGGGAGUACAGCUUGUUUGCGCCAAUCAGCCGCCAGGAAGCGGAGCUGAUCCAGCAGCAGGCUCCUCCCUCCUACGGUCAGCUGAUUGCACAGGGUAUCAUCCCCCCAGUGGAGGACUUCCCCACAGAAAACCCCAAUGAGACCUCGUCACUUUCUCUGAGGGGAAUCCUCCAGCUCCUCCGUCAGGAUGCUGCCACCUCCCCACACCGCAGACGCAGGCCCCGAUUCAUCCGCCGGGCUGUUCGCCGCAUGAGGAGGUGGGGUCUAAUCCCCAGACCUCCGUCUAGGCCGAGUCAGGCGUCCAGCUCCAGCCAACAGCAGUCAGACGCCGCUCCCUCUGGCCAGGAACCAGCUCACUCCACUCCCACCAGCUCCUCCUCGGCUGUGGAGGCGGUUAACCAGCCGGUGCGUCAGAAACUUGGCUUGUUGGCGCAGUCGGAGCAGCAGCAGCAGCAGGAAGCACCGCUUCCUCUAUUGCCCCCACCUCCACCUCCAUACGCUCCCCCAGCUCCAAGCCCCGUCUCUCCCCACACUCCUCCUGUCCCUGUCCCCCCGAGCAGCCCCUCUCUGGCCUCCAUCUUCCACACGCUGGGCCUGAGUAUCUCCCUCUUCAGAGCCUCGCCCUCUUCCUCCUCCACCAACUCCAUGCCCCUCUCCGCCUCUCCUUCUUUCUCAUCCUCCUCUUCCUCUUCAGAUGACGAGGUACUGCUUAUCCCCCUGUCUGAAGAUACCACUUCAGAGGAUGACGUGCCCAUGCUCACCUGAAUGGCUUCCUCACCAACCCAGUAUCCCACACCCCUCCUUUAUCUCCUUUACUCACAACUGAAACCCAGUCUUUCCACAUUUGUUUGAACUAAAGCACAGGAGUGGCCCACGGCGAGACUCACCCGCACUGUGCAAGUCUGGUGCCUUUUGAAAUUGCUUUGAUUGGGAUAUGUUGACAUAUGGAAUUAAAUGUUUGACCUUUAUUUUAAUUUUUUAAAAGACCUCCUUAAAGGAACACGCCGACUUAUUGGGAAUUUAGCUUAUUCACCGUAACC